AUGUCAAGAAGACAAAAAUUUAUUUUAAAUUUUUUAAACAAAAUAUAUGAAAAACUACGGGUUAUCAAAAAGAGUCAGAGUAUUCGAAAAUCACAACAAUGUGUUGCAAAUACUUUAAAAGAUAAACAAUGCCGUAAACGUACAGCACAUACACCGAAAUGUUGGAUUCAUCUUGCCAAACAAGAUAAUUUACGUGUUAAACCUUCAAGAAUUAUUGCCGCAGGAAAAGGACUAUACGCGUGGAAAAAAACAAUUCCACGCGGUAAUACAAUUGGUAAAUACACCGGUAGACGAUUAACCAAAAAACAACUGGAUCAACGAUACGGAAAUGACGUCACGGCAAAAUAUGCCGUUUGUAAUCGACGGGGACAAUGUAUUGAUUCAAAAUAUACAACAGAUGGGGCGCCACGAUUUGCAAACGACGCUCGUCAAACGCCGUUUCAAAAUAAUGCCAAAAUUAAAGGUCAAAAUAUAUUUCAUUUAAAAGCCAAUAAAACUAUACGCCCCAAUCAAGAAAUCCUCACAUCAUAUGGUCCUGAAUAUUGGCAAUAA